UGCCCUCCCACGACGGGCAAGAUACCCGUGUUGCCCAGCCGACGAGCUGAAGCGCACCCGACAUCGCACCCAAAGCAAAACCCCCGUUGGCUUGCCCCGUUCAAGACUAGAUCCGCCCCUCGGAAAUGGCCUCCUACGACGGCGACGAGGGCAACGGCCGCCGCGGCCCGUCCCAGCACCGUCCGUCCGGCGGGGGCAGCGGGGACCUCGCCUCAAGCGCCAAGCUCGUGGCGGAGGCGGCCAAGCUGGCGCUCCAGGACCACAGCCUGGAGAAGGUGGACAAGGGGCGGGUCGCCGGGGCGGCGGCCGACCUGCUCCACGCCGCCUCCCAGUACGGAAAGCUCGAGGGGAAGCCCGUCGGCGGGUACCUCGAGAAGGCCGAGGACUACCUCCACCAGUACGGCCGCAAGGAGGGGGGCGCCGCCGGCGGCAAGCAUCAGGGGGAGGAGGAAGGCAAGUACGGGAAGAAGCCCGGCGGUGGCCACGGAGGGGGGAGGUAUGAGGAUGAGGAAGAAGGGUACAAAAAGAAGCCUGGCGGUGGGAGGUAUGAGGAGGAUGAGUGCAAUAAGAAGCCUGGUGGUGGGAGUGGCUAUGGAGGUGGAAGGUAUGAGGAAGAGGAGGAUCACAGGAAGAAGCCAAGCAGUGGUGGAUAUGGAGGGGGGAGGUACGAGGAUGAAGAUGGUUACAGUAAGAAGCCUACUGGUGGCGGCUAUGGUGGGGGGAGGUAUGAGCAAGAAGAUGGAUACAAGAGGCCUCCAAGUGGUGGUGGUGGCAGCUAUGGUGGAGGAAGGUAUGAAGAAGAUGAGUAUAAAAAGAAGCCGAGUGGCGGUGGCUACGGAGGGGGAAGGUAUGAGGAGGAAGAUGAUUAUAGGAAGAAGCCUAGUGCUGGUGGUGGUGGAUAUGGGGAUGGAGGAAGGUAUGAAGAUGAGUACAGCAAGAAGCCAAGUGGCGGUUAUGGUGGAGGGAGGUAUGAAGAAGAUGAUGGGUACAAGAAGCCUAGUGGUGGUGGAUAUGGCUAUGGGGCUUCCAGUGGGGGAGGCCAUGGAGGAAGGUACGAAGAAGAUGACUACAAGAAGAAGCCUAGUGGGCAUUCAGGAGGAAGAUAUGAAGAAGAGGAGGGGUACAAGAAGACGAGUGGUCAUAGUGGAGGGAAGUAUGGCAAGGAUGAAGAUGACAAGAAGAAGAAACAUGGUGAUGACGAGUCAGAGGGCGGUGGAAUUGGGGAUUACCUGAAGCUGGCACAGGGUUUCAUGAACAAAAAGGAUGGGGAAGGGGAGAGUGGGGCUGGUAUGGGUGACUACUUAAAGCUUGCAGAAGGGUUCUUGAAGAAGCGGUGAUUAAUAUUGUGCCAUGUCAUGGUUCAGGAAGGACUUGCUUGUGUUUGGUUAGUCCCUUGUCCUGUUCAAUGUUUACAAGUUGUGAAAUUUUCAACAGUUUCCAUCCUAGGGUGUAAUAAGAGUGUAUUUGCCCAUGUUGUCUUGUAAUGUGAAUGCUUAAUGGGCUUUUUACAAUACUGGGAAAAUAAAAGGUUGGGUGCUUUGGUGCUCAUGUUGUGUAUUGUUUCUGACUUAAACUAAUAUAUUGUUGCAACUUAUAAUGAAUGGAACUAUUGAAUA